AAAAAUCAUUACACAAUUCUAAACCCAAAACAGCUUACGUAGCUAACAAGACAUGACGGAAGAAUUUGAAACCGCGGGAGUUUGUACCGGACCAUGGUGGAGCUCCUCCAACAACAUGUUCCCCGGCUGUUAUCUACCACGUUCCACGGAGAUUGUCAUCGACAACGGCAUAUUCGAAUGGCAAAACAUUGAUACCCUCGAUGCCAAAACCUACAAUGAGAACUAUCUUAAUACUUCCACAUUCUUAGGCAAUGAAAAUUUCGAUUCCACCUCACAAACCUACGUCUCGAAUCAAUCUAACCUCCAUGAAGAAGAAAGAUUCAAUCCAAUAAAUAGUUUUCUAGAAGGAUUGUUUGAUUUAAAUGAGCAAGUAUUGGUUCCUAACUGCCCAAAACCAGAAGCAUUUGAUAACUUUCACUUCUUUGAUGACGUUUUCAACGAUUCAAGAAUGGUAUCAAUCUUUGAUCACGAGAGCAAAAACAAACCCAAGGACGACAUGCCAGCAUGCAAGAAUCUGAUUUCUUGCAAGAGAGCAAGUGAGAAAACUGAAGAACACAAAGAUGUUGAGUCAUCACAGCCAUUAAAAAGGCCAAGACUUGAGACACCAUCUCAUUUUCCGAGCUUCAAAUUUCGUAAAGAGAAACUCGGAGAUCGAAUCACUGCUCUUCAGCAGUUAGUUUCACCCUUUGGGAAGACAGACACUGCUUCUGUGCUCCAUGAUGCUGUAGAGUACAUCAAAUUUCUUCAAGAACAAAUCACUGAAAAGGUCUCGAGUGAUCAACACUCUAGAGGAUCUGGUGAACAGCAGCAGUGGUCAGACAAAUCAAGUAAUAAUACUCAUCAGGAUCAAGAUUGUCGUCCAAGACAAGACCUUCGAAGCCGCGGUCAUCUCAUGCCGAUCUCAAGUACUUUCUCCACCUCUCCUCAGCAUUUGGACACAUCUAGCUUCUGGAAUUAGACAGUUAUAAUGAAACAAAAAUGUAACAAUACACAUCAACACAUAGUCACAUAGAUAAGCAUUGUUCUAAUCAAG